GUGUUGAACCUCCAUCUCGUCCUAUCUAUCGAAUGUCUUAUGCUGAAUUGAAUGAAUUAAAAAGACAACUAGCUGAUCUUCUUGAAAAAGGGUUUAUUCGUCCAAGUACUUCUCCUUUUGGUGCUCCAGUACUUUUU